CUUCCAGCCCAUGUUGACAUAACAAUAGCAUGCUUAGAACUUGCAUACAACAGUUGUACAAGAGCAUUGAAGGAGCCAGCGGAAUAGAAGUCCAAUAGUAUCCGCCUGUAGUCUCGCCGCGCCUUCUCCUACACCUAGAAAUAUACUGCUGCAUAACAUAGAUACCUUGCGCUGAUUGGCGCAGCUUCUUCGAAACGGGGACGCAGAAUGUGCAAUUACGAGGUCGACGGGCCCGUAGUAAGCACUAGCCUGCGCAUUAAAGACCGCUUCAAGCAGCGAGACUUCUCGGCGCUGCUGUCGGAUUUCUUUGCUUACAGCAGCCAACAUGAGCCUCAAAAACGCCGAGCUGUUGUGGUUGUAUCACACUCGGGCACGAUAUCUAACAUGCUCUUUAGUCACACCGCCAAGAAGGAGGAGCAGGUCCUUCAUGGCAAGUGCAUCCUCAAGCCCCGGAACGCUUCCGUGAUUGCCAUCUAUGACGACGGAUGCCUGGGGCUGCGGCACGAGGGAACCCUGCCGAAAUCCAAGUCAGACGAGCUCCACGAAUACUUCACGGUGCCCCAGUUCGAGCAGUUCGCGCACGGCGUGCAGUUCCAGUACACGCCACCUUCAUCGUGCCUGCUGUUGCUCGUCCGGCAUGGAAUUGCGGUCAACAACGUGAACAAGGCCUUCACUGACGACAAUCUGACGCAUGAGGGCGAGGUUUCCAUGAUCAAGGCGGCGCUGCGCAUAUCACACCUGCUGCAGCAGCACGACAUCGCCUCAGUCGGCAUCUUCUCGUCUGCCUGCAUGCGCACGCAGCACAGCUCGAUGCUCCUCUACCAGGUUCUGCAAGGCAGCGGCCUCGGCGGCCUCAGCGGGCACCGACCGGGUCGGCUCAUGUCGAGCCGCUCGCUGCCGUGCCUCACUACGGGCCUGCACAACCAGGGCCAGCGCCACGGAGGUCGCGGCGGCGAGGGCGAGGGCUGUGGAGAGGAGCCAUGGCUCAAGGGAGCCAUACCCGUGGGCCAUCCAUCCGCGGUGGGCAAGGUGCACUAAGAAUGCAAGUGGAAACGUGGUUGGCGCCUUGGCGCCUGGCGUACUCGACCGGAAAUUGACUGUACGAAUACUGUGUACAGGCCAUGAAGUAAUUGCAAAUAUUUAAGCAAUGGGCCAACAAUUUGGCAGGCACAUCACACUCUACGUGCUGACGGAAUGUGCACUGGAAUUGUUGGUCCUUUUUCGUCUCAGCUGAGAGGCUACGGAGCAUGUUUGGUAGCUUGUCGUACGCGUGUCGCCAAGCAUUGGAAGAUCCCAUGUGUUCUACGGCGCUGCGCUCAGAACACUAGGUACACAUGCAAUGAUUGUCGGCAUAGAAGCAACACCCGUGGGCCACCCAUCCGCGGCGGACACCCAUACGCGGUGGGCAAGGUUCGUUAGGAGUACAGGGCUUGAAUUGACUGACUGUACAAGUACAACAAUUUCAUGUGGCUGAUUGUCAAUGGGCCAACGGGGUUGCGUUGGGUGUGAGGGAUCAGCGCUCCAGGCUGCUGCAGGGUGUGUUUACUUUGCCAGGGAUCCGUGCUUUCUCCCUGUGGCGUUCGCUCAGAGUGCUCUCUUCGUUGCGGGAGCCCUGGCCGAGGCCAUGGAGAGUGUGGUGCCGGGUGCGUGUGCCGCUGCGGUGGUGCUCGCGCCGCGCGACUGUCGUCGGCCUUCCUGGCGGCGUGUGGCCUCGUGCGUUACGCCCAAUACAAGUGCAGCACGCGCGCACAUGCACUGCCAUGCGCCGCCUUUUUGGCACUUGUUUCGUAGGCCACGUCCGGAUUUGCGGGGAUGCCAAAGGCCCCCAACAUAGAGGCGUGUGCUUAGUAGGCGCCCGCGUCAAGGUGGCUGGGUUGAUAACGACCCGGGAUCAGCCCUUUUCCUGCCUCCCUAAGGCAGCCACCUCCUUGUUGGCACCUGUUUCGUAGGCAGAGGGUGACUGGGUGGCAGUGGGUGACCGGUGGGUGGCAGUGGGUGACGAGGAGGAGAUGAGACAGAAGCACACAGGCUGUUAAAUUGUAUGCACAUGUUUGCAGUUUGUUAGUUAAGCAAGGUAAGUGCUUGAGGUAAGUGCUAGGCAGGGUGUUGAAGAUAGACAGACUUCUGGUGGCAGCACCCAUUGCGGGGAGACUGUUGCAGGGGUCACUAUUUGAGUUUGUGCAGGGUUGGUAUCAUGGCCACAGGAUGUUGCCAGCGGUGCCUGGCAAAGUUGUGGCCGCCUGUGAUGUUGUGCCUUAGUCCAUUUGUUUUAUCAGCAUUAAAAGAAUACUGAGUGAAGUGCUGUUUGAGUGCACUCGGCAUUUAUCGGCUGGCUAGGGCCUAGGGGCAUGUGGACACGUGGGGCAUCAGGCUAUGGAACCACUUUAUGGGUGCAUUGCAAGAGCAACGGACGCCAUCAGCUCAGCGUACUGCACAAGUCGACGCGCCGGGCGGUGUUGUGAUGGGCAGUCGGUGUGCCAAAUUGAGGACUCUAUCCGGCCUCCACCGCAUUGGUAUCAUAUUUCUAAGGGUGACGCAAAAAGCAUCUUCAAUAAAUGGCAGUUUCGGCAAACCCAAUGGUGGCUCCGUCCAGGGAAAGGCGGGUCACGCGGGUGUCUGGCUAUCGGCGUCGUUUGUAGGACCCCGACUGGUUUGUGGUGGUGAGCGGCCUCGUGAUAGUAGCGUCAAUUGCCCCCGGACAUGCACAUGACCUCUUCCGGGAAUUACUCAAGCGCAUGCACGACUAUCACGUGUGGCAUGGCCAGGCGACUGGAGCGUGAAGACAGGGUGAAGAGCGCAAUGGCGCCAAAUGCCAAAAUGUCCGGGCAGUCCAGCAACAUGUGCCCCGUCACAUUUCUGACCGGGCGGCUGCAUCCAUGGUGAAUAUCUAUGCGUCAAUAUAAUUGUCUGGGCUGUGCCCUUCAUCGCCAGGAACAGCUACCAUCUGCGUGUUACGUACAGUACUACG